AUGACAGAUGGCAACAUGUCAAAUCACGUGAAACCCCACUAAAGAUCAGCUGUCUUCUGGGGAGUGGUUGUGUUUAGCAAGGGUAGUUUUCCCUUUUUGUGAGGUGUAAACACUUGGAAAAGAAUUGACUCGAUCUUCUGAAGCAGCAAUUAUCUUACCCAGUCAAAUGACGGAAUAUUGGUUGAUAUCCGCCCCAGGCGACAAAACAUGCCAACAAACGUGGGAGACAAUGAACAAUCUCACCAGCAAACAGAAUUCACUUUCGGUGAACUAUAAGUUUCACAUUCCAGAUUUGAAGGUGGGCACUUUGGAUCAGCUGGUUGGCUUAUCUGACGAUCUGGGAAAGUUGGACGCCUUCGUGGAACAAGUAACCCGAAAAGUGGCGAGUUACCUGGGCGAAGUCCUCGAAGACCAGCGGGAUAAGUUGCAGGAAAAUUUAAUGGCGAAUAACACCGAUUUGCCAAGUUACAUCACGCGUUUCCAAUGGGACAUCGCCAAAUAUCCCAUCAAACAGUCCCUCCGGAACAUCGCUGAUAUUAUCAGCAAACAGGUCGGCCAGAUCGAUUCCGAUCUGAAAACCAAAUCGACAGCUUACAACAAUCUGAAGGGCAACUUGCAGAGCUUGGAGAAGAAACAAACCGGGAGCUUGUUAACUCGCAAUUUGGCCGAUCUGGUAAAGAAGGAACACUUCAUCUUGGAUUCGGAGUAUUUGACGACGCUUUUGGUCAUAGUGCCAAAGGCCUCGUUCCAUGAAUGGCAGCAAAAUUACGAGAAAAUCACCGACAUGAUAGUGCCUCGUUCCAGUCAACUCAUCACUCAAGACAACGAGUACGGAUUGUACACCGUCUCUUUGUUCAAAAAGGUGGUGGAAGAGUUCAAACUGCACGCCCGUGAAAGAAAAUUCAUCGUUCGCGAUUUCACGUACAACGAGGAGGAGCUCGCGGCGGGCAAAAACGAGAUUACCAAACUCGUCACCGACAAGAAGAAGCAAUUUGGCCCAUUGGUGAGAUGGUUGAAAGUCAAUUUUAGCGAAUGUUUCUGUGCCUGGAUUCACGUGAAGGCCUUAAGAGUGUUCGUGGAGUCCGUGUUGAGAUACGGGUUGCCUGUCAAUUUCCAAGCUAUUCUUAUACAUCCGCACAAGAAGACCAUGAAGCGCCUGAGGGACGUCCUGAACCAGCUGUAUGGACAUCUAGAUAGUAGCGCUGCGCUUUCUGGUGGCAAUACUGAUAGUGUCGACAUUCCGGGCUUAGGCUUUGGCCAGUCAGAGUAUUAUCCGUAUGUAUAUUAUAAAAUAAAUGUGGACAUGAUUGAACAAUCAAAAGUUUAAAUUCCAUUAUUGUACGUAUACUAGUUUUUUGUUUUAUUAGAAUUACAACAUUCUAUUUUUUGUUUCCGCAGUACCUCGUGUACAAAAUUUUGUCCAAGCGCAUCUAUAUUAAAGUAGGGCUGUUGAAUUGAAUUGUAUGUAUAUGUAAAAAAGUAAAUUUUAUAUGCAUUUGUGCAAUACUGGGCCACUGCUUAUUAGAACUUGACAAUAUUAGAUUUUAAAGAGGUUUGAAUUUGUAUCCCGGAUAUUGGUUUGAAACGCAGUAUUGAGUUGUUGUAAAUACUUUGUAAAUAAUUACCAAGAUGUUAAUUUGGUUUUAAGCUCAUUUUUAUUAUAAACUAUUCCAAAAUGUAUUAUAGGUACCAAUUUUAAUUUAAUAUCUGUUAAUAUAGAUGUUAUAGAGGUGUAAAGAGGUUCAUUGUUCAACUGUAAAUUAAACUGUUAGACUAUUAAACUAUUUCAUUACA